UCCCCUCCCACGCCCCAACGCGCUGUGGGAUAUUGCCAGUAUAAAGUAUAUCUUCCAUCGGAGAGAGAUAAGAAGCGCAAGGCUAGAGGGGAUGAAGAUGGCGGACGCCAAGCAGAAACGGAACGAGCAGUUGAAGCGCUGGAUAGGCUCGGAAACGGACCUGGAGCCGCCCUUGCUAAAGAAGAAAAAGACGAAGGUGAAGUUCGACGAUGGCGCCGUGUUUUUGGCCGCCUGCUCGAGCGGCGACACGGAGGAGGUUCUGCGAUUGCUCGACCGCGGAGCUGACAUCAACUACGCCAAUGUAGACGGACUCACCGCCCUGCACCAGGCCUGCAUAGAUGAUAAUGUGGACAUGGUGACCUUCCUGGUGGAAAACGGGGCCUGCAUUAACCAGCCCGACAAUGAGGGCUGGAUCCCCCUUCACGCCGCAGCCUCCUGUGGAUAUAUGGACAUUGCUGAGUAUCUUAUCAGUCAAGGUGCAAAUGUCGGGGUAGUAAACAGCGAGGGAGAAACGCCAUUGGAUAUCGCCGAGGAGGAAGCUAUGGAGGAGCUUCUGAAAAACGAGAUCAACCGACAAGGUUUGGAUAUCGAGGCGGCCAGGAAAGAGGAGGAGCGGAUCAUGCUAGGGGAUGCGCGACAGUGGCUUAACAGCGGCCAGAUCAAUGACGUCCGGCACGCCAAGUCUGGGGGAACCGCACUACACGUCGCCGCAGCCAAGGGAUACUCGGAGGUUUUAAAGCUUUUAAUUCAAGCAAAGUAUGAUGUAAAUAUUAAAGACUUUGAUGGCUGGACACCACUCCAUGCUGCUGCACACUGGGGCAAAGAAGAGGCCUGUCGGAUACUGGUAGAGAACCUGUGCGAUAUGGAUUGCCUCAAUAAAGUGGGUCAGACAGCAUUUGAUGUUGCUGAUGAAGAUAUCUUAGGCUAUUUGGAAGAGCUCCAAAAGAAGCAAAAUCAGCUUCUGAGUGAGAAGAAGGAUGUUAAAAAGUCUCCUUUGAUAGAAACUACCACAACCGGGGACAAUAAUCAAUCUGUGAAACCACUAAAGAGUAAAGAAACGCUUCUCCUGGAGCAAGAGAAAACCGUUCCACGAAUCGAGACUCUCGAGGUGGAGAAGGUGGAUGAAGAAGAAGGAGAGGGGAAAAAGGAUGAGUCCAGCUGCUCCAGCGAGGAAGAGGAGGAGGAAGACUCGGAAUCAGAAAACGAAGCAGACAAGACUAAGUCUACUGUUCCCACAAGCAAUACCAACAGUACACCUACUUCUGCACCUGCUACCAUCACAGUCACAUCUCCAACUACCCCAGCCAACCAGGUGACAACCCCAACCUCACCAACCAAAAAGGUGACCACACCUCCAGGUAAAGUGUCUCCUAAAGAUGACGACAGGAAGGAUGAGUCUCCUGCGUCGUGGCGACUUGGCCUGCGGAAAACCGGAAGCUACGGAGCGCUGGCGGAAAUCAGCACAACUAAAGAGGCGCAGAAAGAGAAGGACACCACUGGGGUUAUGCGGUCUGCUUCUUCUCCACGACUGUCAUCUUCACUGGACAACAAGGACAAGGAAAAGGAGAAGGAAAAGACGCGAUUGGCGUAUGUUGCACCCACCAUCCCAAAGAGACACGUUAGCACGUCAGAUAUCGAUGAGAAGGAGAACAGGGAUUUGGCUGCUAGUCUGAAACGUAGCGGCUCCUACACCAGGAGACGCUGGGAUGAAGACCUGAGGAACAACGACGGAACCUCCUCACUAAACCGAACCUCCAGCUAUCAGCGCAGCACAUCUCACACGCUAGCGUUAGGCCGCACGUCUAGCUCUCGCGACCUGCCCGCCAAAUCCUCCUCUGCCUCCAGCCUGGAACCUAACAACUCUAAAGCCUGGCAACCGCCUUCCUCCUACCAAUCCUACAGCAUUCAUCGCAGCGGCUCAUUUGGAAGGAGGAAUGAUGAUGCUUUAAGUUCCUCCUCUUCCUCCACCUCUGUCACCGCAACAACAACCUCCACCUCCUCUGUUACCUCACCUACAGGACACCGCAGCCUGCUGUCCAGGUAUUGGGCGGAGGAAAGUGCGGACAAGGAGAAAGAAAAGGAAAAGGAGUUGGCCACCGUCAUUCCCACGAUCAACACUGCAGCCACCACCACUACCACAUCCACUACUGGAACUAUACUGGGCUCUGAUGGACGCGAGAGACGCAGAUCAUACCUCACCCCUGUGCGUGAUGAAGAGUCAGAGUCUCAGAGGAGAGCCAGAUCCAGACAGGCUCGACAAUCCAGGAGGUCUACACAGGGUGUGACCUUGACUGAUCUCCAGGAAGCGGAGAAGACCAUCGGACGCACUCGCCCCACACGACCUCGAGAAGAGGAGAAAGACGAGAAGGAGAAACAGGACAAAGAGAAACAAGAAGAGAAGAAAGAGUCCGAGAGCAAGGAAGAUGAUUACAGGUCACGCUACCGGAGCUUUGAGGAUAAGUACCGGAGCUACCCUUCUUUAGGAACCACCACAACUGCCUCCUCCACCCUGCCUGCGUCCUCAUCUACCAGCUCCUCUUCCCUCUAUAGCACCUCCUCUCUGAAUCGCCCCAACAGCUUGGUGGGCCUCACCUCCUCCUACAGAAGCUCCACACACGAGGCUGAGCGAGAGUCUGAUGGAAGAGAAAAGGACGAGGACAGGGAUGGUGAAGACAAGCCACGCUCCAUACGCGACCGCAGGCGACCUCGAGAGAAAAGACGCUCGACUGGGGUGUCCUUCUGGACUCAGGAUAGUGAUGAAAAUGAUCCAGAUCCGCCUUCAGAUUCAGAAGGCAGCAGCACUAAAGGAGAAAUACAGAACGAAAGAAUAUCUAGGAAUGACCCUCUUUCUACUAGCACUUCCUACUCGGACCGCUACGAACCUUUGAGUAGCCGUGGUAUCGGGGAGAUCCGUCGACCGUACCAUUCGCGGUUCGAUAGAGACGACGCCACUGACUAUAAGAAGCUUUAUGAGCAGAUCUUAGGUGAAAAUGAGAAGUUGAAAACUCAGUUACGUGAUACUGAACUUGAGCUGGCAGAUCUGAAGCUUCAGUUGGAAAAGGCUACACAGAGGCAGGAACGCUUCGCUGACCGGUCACAGCUGGAGUUGGAGAAAAGGGAAAGAAGAGCUUUAGAAAGGAAGAUCUCUGAAAUGGAAGAGGAAUUAAAGAAUCUUCCUCAGGUAAAGCAGGUGCAGUCGCUGCGUCAGUAUAAUGAGCGUUUGCAGGCGGAGAACAGGGCGUUGUCCCGCGUGCUCUCCAAACUCGCGCAGGGCUGCAGCCACCUGCCCGCCGCAGACCUGUAGACCCGCCCCCAUCUCCCCUUACACCCCUCCUCAUGCUUCAUUCAGCUCCGCCCACACCCAUAUAAAGAUGCUACCGGACUUGAAAGCAGACAACCAGAGACUAAAGGAUGAAAACGGAGCUCUGAUUCGAGUCAUUAGCAAGCUUUCGAAAUAGAACAAGAACCUUUCCCAUUCAACGGCAGUGUCUAACGGUAUUGCACAUCCUAGAUAUAAAUACCAGACAACAGCGACCAGAAGGCUCCGUCUCCCUUAUCGUUUCUCAGCCUCUCGCUUUGCCCCGCUUCCUGCUUCACCGAACGCCCAUUCAGUCCGCUCACCUCACGAUUCCCAAGUCUGCGGCCCACACGGAACCACUGAGUUUACAGAACUAAGGAUAUAAAGCUAUAGACGACCGGCAUCGAAAACUACGGGCGGGGAAGGCUGCGAAAAACUAUUUAACCAAUAAGCCUUAGUUGUACAUACGUCACUCGGCUUCUCUUGGCUGUCACAGAACACCUGAUUUUAUUUGUGCCACACUUUUUUUGUGAACUUUUUUUUUUGUUGUCAUUGCUCUGCUCUUUAUUCUUUCUUCCUGUAUAGACGUGUUACGCGACGCGCAGCGCUCUGCAGCUAUUUCCUCUUCCUGUCCUCUCAAAUGCACCUUUGCGCUCGAAGUCCCGCCUCCAAAUCGAAGGCACUGUCUCUCAGCAGAAGACUUCCCAGCAUUCCACGAUGUUGGCGCACGACCCCGUUUACCCUCCUGCCGUGCACGCACACACACACACACUGCACACUUUUUUUGCUCUCGGGAUCUCGUUGCGUUUCGAGAGAUUGUUGAAGACCCCCUGGCUUUACCGUACAGGUGGACCUUGUGGAAUCGAAGCUUUCACUUACGUGCAAUAUGCAUUUAUUUUGUAUAAAAAAAAAUGCUUUAAUAAUGAGUCCAUCACUAGUAAAUGUUCACUUCCUUGACACUUCCAUCGCUCACCCCUCCGCCUUUCCUUUAUUCUCUCAUUUCUUUAAGUUUGUAGUGUAGUCGAUGGUUUAUAUCUUGUACUCCGCACGUUGUUUUAGCAGGUACUUGAGUGAAGUUGUAUAUACCUGUAUGUAUUGUUUGAGACCAGCACACAAGGCAUGCGUUUAUGGUUCCCUAUCUGUUACUAUUGAAAUAUACCAACUCCAGAGGACAAAAAAGUGUGUUUUAACUAAUUUCUUCUUCUUCUUCUUCUUUUAUAGUCAUUGAAUAACAAUAGCGCCGCCCUCUUCAAAGGGAAGGCUGCACGUGUUCAGUGCGUUCUUUAUUUCAUUGCAUUUUAAAAAGUGUUCACGGUAAUUGUGAGAUGAUAAUAUAAUUGCUUCACUACAUUUCACACAUUUAAUUCAUUAUCUUUUUGGAAGAGUGCUGUUCAUUUCUCUCUUUUUAUUUUUUUCUUCUUUUUCUGUUUUUUUGUUUUUUUUGUUUUUUAAAGCUGUAGUAUUAGCCAAGGUGUUGUCGCUAAAAGAAACUUCUAGAUAUCGCUAACCCAGUCCUUUUACAAAGUCUACAUGCACUGUCAAUACCAUGUCAGGAGUCUUGCUGUCUGGUUUUUGCUACCACGUCAGAUGAAGUCCAUGCAUCGGAAACAUGUUUUAUGCAUUUCAGUGGCCUUUUACUUAAAAUACUGUAGUCGGAAAAAAAUGUCGCUGUAGUCGGACUGUCAGCUGUCUCCUCUUUGGUUUAGGAUUUUAAUUUUUUUCUUUUUAAAUUUCCCAUCAUCUUGUUGAAUAGAUGUGUGGCUUCAUCCGUGCAAGCUGUGCUGUGACUACCAACCACUGAGAGUUAAUUAAAAUAAACUUGUACAUUGUAAAAAAA